GCUUCCUCACAAAUGUCCAAGUGCUCGGAGUUUCUCAGUGUUUAACAAAGCCGCAAAAGCAGGCAUGCUUAUUCGAAGCUGCGUAUAAAGCCUUACGUGGUUUAUGAAGAUGUAAGAAGUAAUUGAACAAUAGUAAGUCAUCGUUUGGCUUACAUCCAGGCUCUGCAUGUUGAACGAACGCGCCUCCAUGGGAAGUUCUUCAUUCUUUACUUAUAUUAAUUAUCUUCUUGCUCUACGGCUUCACUCAGAAAAGAACUACUGCUCUUGGCCAAUACAGUGAUUUUCAGCAUGAUCAACAAGGAUACUGCGAAGUUUCUUUUGCUGUGUUUGGAACUCAUCAAGCUAACGGAGAGCUUCGUGAUUGUGCCCGAUGAAGACGCCAACAGAACUACCGCAGAGUUAAUAGCAAGCAAGGGCUAUCCUGUGGAAGAAUACACGAUCACGACCGAAGACCACUACACCAUAGCGGUGCAAAGGAUACCUGCAGGACGGGGAGGCGUUCAACAAUUGCCAAGAGCGAAAAAGACCGUGGCCUUUUUGAUGACCGGGCUCGAAGGAAGUAGCGCAGACUUUGUGGUGAACAUGCCACAUCAGAGUCUUGGUUUCAUCUUAGCUGACCACGGCUACGACGUGUGGUUGGGUAACGUCAGGGGCACCAAGUACUCAAACCACGCCUGGCUGAAAAAGGAAGGAAAAGAUUUUUGGGAUUUCAGCAUCGACGAAAUGGCCGCAUACGACCUACCAGCGCAGCUAGACUGGAUCCUCGAAAAAACGCAGCAGUCCUCACUGCAGUACGUAGGCUGGUCUCAGGGAUGUGGUAUCAUGUUUGCCUUGCUUGCGGAGAAGCCAGGAUACAACGACAAGAUUCAACUUUUCCAGGCUAUAGCACCCGCAGUUUUCUUGGGUCACAUGACGUCGCCUAUGAAGCGUCUUACCGCGUUUUCCAAACCCAUAUACGAAAUCGGUGAGAUUAUAUUUCAGGGUUCAAUGCUGGGAAAGCACAGCGACUUCAUCAACACAAUUAAGCAAAUGUCCUGCAACCCGGUUUUCCCAAGCAUCUCCUGCCAGGUGGCUUUCUUCUUCGUCAACAGAGGAUUCCCUGUUGACAUAAACAUGACCAGGCUGCCUGUGUACCUGUGCAAUGGCCCUUCUGGGACAUCCAUGCGCAAUCUCCUUCAUUACGGUCAGUUAACAAAGUCGAAGAGAUUUCAAAAAUUUGACUGGGGACCAAAAAAGAACUGGAAAGUGUAUGGAAAGCUACUACCACCGAAGUACAACUUGAGAAAAGUCACAACGCCAGUCGCCAUCUACUGGGGCGAUGGAGACGUGUUGGUCACCCCUCGUGACGUGGCCCGCCUAGCCAGGAGCCUGCCCCAUGUUGUACUCAAGUACAAGGUGCCCGUACAUGGCUUCACACACUUCGACACUGUAUGGAGCGUCACAGCUUGGAAGCACCUUUACAAAAAAAUUUUAGAAUUGAUGACAAAGUACUCUUCGUCUAUAUCAACUGGGCACAUCUUGCCCGAAUAUUCAAACGAAUGAAAUUAAACAAA